GUUCUCUCUCACUUUCAAAUUUCAAUCUCUCUCUCUCACUCUCUCUCUCUUCUCUCAAAAAUGGAGAUCGGGUCGGGUCCGAUCGGUUCGACUUCGAAAGAUCACCAGGCGAUCUACCAGGAAUGGUUCAACUUUGCCGAUUCAGAUGGAGAUGGCCGUAUUACUGGAAAUGAUGCCACUAAGUUCUUCGCCAUGUCGAAGCUUUCUCGUCCUGAACUCAAACAGGUUUGGGCACUUGCAGAUUCAAAACGACAAGGGUUUUUAGGCUUUACUGAGUUCAUCACCGCGAUGCAGCUGGUUUCCUUGGCGCAAGCAGGACAUGAAUUAACCCUGGAUAUCAUUAAAACUGCAGCCAAUGUUGAGAAUAUUAAUCCUCCAUUGAUGGAAGGUUUGGACAGUUUAGUAGCUAAAACCAAGGCUUUGACGAUAAAUGGCCACCCUGAAGUAAAUGGAAGCAUUCAGCCUCAACCACCACCACCAACUCAAUGGUUUGGUUCAAAAUCAGCAAAGAAUAUUCCUUCCAAUGCAGUUACAUCAAUUAUUGAUGGCUUGAAGAGAUUGUACAUUGAAAAGCUAAAGCCACUGGAAGUUGCAUAUCGUUUUAAUGAUUUUGUCUCUCCCCUGAUGACAAACAGUGAUUUUGAUGCUAAACCCAUGAUCAUGCUUUUGGGUCAAUAUUCAACUGGGAAGACAACUUUUAUAAAACAUUUGCUAAAAUGCGACUACCCAGGUGCUCACAUUGGACCAGAGCCUACAACAGACAGAUUUGUUGUUGUUAUGUCUGGACCUGAUGAGAGGAGUAUUCCUGGGAACACCAUAGCUGUCCAUGCUGAGAUGCCAUUUAGUGGAUUGACAACUUUUGGAGGAGCAUUCUUGUCAAAAUUUGAGUGUUCCCAAAUGCCGCAUCCUUUGUUAGAUCAAAUUACAUUUGUGGAUACUCCUGGGGUUCUAUCUGGAGAAAAGCAACGAACACAAAGAAGUUAUGAUUUCACUGGUGUUAUAUCAUGGUUUGCAGCUAAAUGUGAUCUCAUUCUUCUUCUGUUUGAUCCCCAUAAACUUGACAUCAGUGAUGAAUUUAAGCGUGUUAUUGCAUCUUUGCGUGGUCAUGAUGACAAGAUACGUGUUGUUCUAAAUAAAGCAGACCAAGUUGAUACCCAACAACUGAUGAGAGUUUAUGGAGCAUUGAUGUGGUCUUUGGGGAAAGUUUUGAAUACUCCAGAGGUUGUCCGUGUUUAUAUUGGGUCAUUCAAUGAUAAACCUGUUAAUGAGGCAGCUAUGGGCCCGAUAGGGGGGGAUCUUUUUGAGAAAGAACAGGAUGAUCUCCUUGCAGACUUGACUGAUAUUCCAAAGAAAGCUUGUGAUCGUCGAAUCAAUGAAUUUGUAAAACGUGCUAGAGCUGCUAAGAUCCAUGCUUAUAUAAUUAGCCAUCUUAAGAAAGAGAUGCCUGCGAUGAUAGGCAAAUCUAAGACUCAACAACGACUAAUUGACAACCUGGAAGAGGAAUUUGGAAAGGUCCAGAGGGAGUUCCAUCUUCCUGCAGGUGACUUCCCAAAUGUUGAGCAUUUUAGAGAGGUCUUGAACGGUUACAACAUCGACAAGUUUGAGAAAUUGAAGCCUAAAAUGAUUCAAGCUGUAGAUGAUAUGCUUGGUUAUGAAAUCCCAGAGCUCUUGAAGAAUUUCAGAAAUCCUUAUGACUAAAAAUGUUGCUACUUAUAUAAGGCUUGGUGUGGAAAUAGUUUUGCUGUUACAUGCUACCUACUAAGCUUGUCCAGCUUAGAUGUUUUGUUAUGUAUUGUUUGUCUAUAUUUGUAAGACUUGCAUGUUGAAAUGCAUCUUUAGUGGGAAUUGGGGAUUGUUUUGGGGUUUAGCUAGGGAUAGGCUUAUCCUAAAUAGUGAGAGAUUGGAACAAUUAUUUCUAGUUUUAAAUUGAGAAGUCACUAUCAUCUGCCAUCUA